AUGAUAUGCUUUAAUCUAUUAGCUGACGAUUUCAACGAUUAUCUAUUGGCUUUGACAAUCUACAAUAGAUUCUUCCACCCUCUUCACGAGGUUCCCGGUCCCUUCAUGUGUGCGAUAUCAUGGCUUCCAUGGUACAGGUACUGGUUUUCAGGACACAUGCACCUCGAGGUUUUGAAAUUACACGAAAAGUACGGUCCUGUUGUGAGGUUGGGCCCCAGUGAAGUCUCGUUCAUUGAUGCGGCGGCAUGGAACAACAUCUACAGCUUAAAGCGAUGUCGGCAAAUAGAACGAUGCCCAAAGUCAUUUCCAGCGCUCACACCCCACGGCGCAAAAUUCGACUUGCUCACUUACAAUCCAUCUGACCAUGCAAGGUAUCGCAGAAUUCUCAACCCGUCCUUCUCCGAGAAAGCAAUACGGGAGUAUGAGCCUGCCAUUCAUCGGAAUACAGAUAGAAUGAUAUCAAGGCUCUUUGAGAGUGUUCUUGAUGAGGGUCCGAAUCUCAACAUCACAAGAUGGCUACAGUGGCUUACCUUUGAUAUGGUUGCUGAUGUCGUCUGGGGUGAGCCAUUUGACUGUAUUACAGAAGGCCACAGCCAUCCAUGCCUAGCACUGUCCAUGGACCUGGUCUCUUUAUCGUCGUUCAUUGUCUUCGUUGCUUGGUGGAUAGCACUGAAAGACUUCUUGAUCAAACUUUCGGGAGUCGAGAGAAUGUUUAUCGAGAUGGUCCGUUCUAAGUGCGAGGCCAACUUAAAUUCGGAGUCCAAGAAGAAGGGGGUUUUCUGGAAUCUAGCCAAAAGUGGAGGACCAUUGAAUAUAAACGAGCUGGACGGAAAUCUGAGCGCUCUUGUCAUCGCGGGGAGCGAAACAACAGGCUUCGUCUGCACGUCAGCAUGCUUUUACCUGGCGAGUCACCCAGCAUCCUUCCGAAAGGUGGCCACAGAAGUGAGGUCAGCAUUCUCGUCCGAAAAGGAGAUCAAUGACGAUCGCCUGAAGAAACUACCUUACCUUCGGGCCGUCCUAGAAGAGACUCUGAGAAUGACUCCAGCUGAACCAAACGGUUUAGCGAGAAGAGUCGUCGCCGAAGGCAUUGAUAUCGGGGGCAGAUAUAUCCCUAGAGGGACUGCCAUCUACGUCUCUCAGUUCGCCGCCAACCGCUCUUCGACACACUUUCACCUUCCGCAGGAAUUUCAUCCUGAGCGAUGGCUCAAUGAUCCUAGUUUCCAUAACGAUAAGCUCGAAGCCGUUCAACCUUUCAUUAUGGGUGUCAAUGCAUGUAUAGGGAGAGGGCUGGCCUGGAUGGAAAUGAGAUUGAUCAUGGCGAAGAUGUUGUGGAACUUUGAUUGGACCAUAGAUUCAAGUGAGGGCAAGGCAUUCGAAAGGGCGAAGGCCUGGCAUGUCUGGAUGAAAAACCCAUUACAAAUCACGCUGUUGUCGAGGCAUAAUCUGCCAGAUCCAAUAGUUGAUAGUACUGAGGAGUGCGGAUGA